UUGGCCGGGCUGCGGAGCUUUUGUACAGACGCACGGGACGCGCGUCCUGGUUGUCGAGGAAGAAAUCAUCGACAGAGGAGGUAUGCUAAUAUUAAAUAAGACCGCAGGAGUCUUUUUUAAGCCAUCAAAAAGAAAAAUAUGUGAAUUUCUGAGAAACUUUAAUUAUCACCCUGGGAAACUAUUUCUCCAUAAAGUAGUUCUGGGAAUUGAAACCAGCUGUGAUGACACAGCAGCCGCUGUGGUGGAUGAGACCGGAGAUGUCUUGGGAGAAGCGAUACAUUCCCAAACUCAAGUCCAUUUAAAAACAGGUGGCAUUAUUCCUCCAGUGGCUCAACAGCUUCACAGAGAACAUAUUGCGCGGAUAGUGCAGGAAGCUUUGUCUGCGAGUCAGGUCUCUCCCAGUGAACUCUCCGCAGUCGCAACCACCGUCAAGCCGGGACUUGCUUUAAGCUUGGGAGUGGGCUUGUCCUUUAGCUUACAGCUCGUAGCCCAGCUCAGAAAGCCCUUCAUCCCCAUCCAUCAUAUGGAGGCCCACGCGCUCACUGUUAGACUGACCAGUGCAGUUGACUUUCCGUUCUUGGCUCUCUUGAUUUCUGGAGGUCAUUGUCUGCUGGCAUUAGCUAGAGGGGUUUCAGAUUUUUUGCUGCUUGGGCAGUCUUUGGAUAUAGCACCAGGUGACAUGCUUGACAAGGUUGCAAGAAGACUGUCUCUCAUGAAUCAUCCAGAGUGCUCCGCCAUGAGUGGGGGGGAGGCUCUCGAGCAUCUGGCCAAGCAAGGGAAUAAACUGAGUUUUGAUCUCAAACCUCCCAUGCAGCGAGCUAAAAACUGUGACUUCUCUUUUUCCGGACUUCAGCACGUUGUUGAUAAGCUCGUGAUGCAAAAGGAAAAAGAGGAAGGGCGUGAGCAAGGCCAGCUGCUGUCUGCGGCUGCUGACAUCGCGGCCGCGGUCCAGCACACGGUCGCCUGCCACCUCGCCAGACGGACGCAUCGCGCCAUCCUGUUCUGCAGGCAGAGAGACUUGCUACCUCAGAAGGAUGCCGUGGUGGUUGCAUCUGGAGGUGUUGCAAGCAAUUUAUAUAUCCGGAAAGCUCUGGGAGUCGUGAUGAACGCCACAGAGUGCACUCUGUUGUGUCCGCCUCCCAGCCUGUGCACAGACAACGGCAUUAUGAUCGCUUGGAACGGUAUUGAAAGACUGCGUGCUGGCUUGGGUGUUUUACAUGAAACAGAAGGCAUCCGCUAUGAACCAAAGUGUCCCCUUGGAGUCGACAUAUCAAGAGAUGUUGCGGAAGCUGCCAUCAAAAUACCACGCUUAAAAAUGGAGAUUUGACUUUUGCUUUUCAAAAAGCCCUAAAGAGAACACAGAAUGAAAUGAGAGCUUCCCAGAUACCCAGUACUCCGAGCAGCCUCUGCCCCUAGUCCUUUUAUUCUGUGGACUCAGGGCGAGACAGAGACACAAAACGCUGCUUCCCCACCCGCGGAGUUCUAGUGGUGCUGCCCAUGGCACUCCCGUGUGGUGCCAGGAACUGAGCCCGAGCCUCGUGUGCGCAUGGUAAGGCCUAGCGCCUUCUACUCAUUGAGCCCCUGUUAUUUCUCAUGUUGGAUGGCUGCUCUUCUAAAAGACUGAAAUAAUGUUAGAUGGUUACUAAGGAACAUAGUUUGGUUUUUUUUUUUCUUUUUAAAUUUUGGAAAACACCCUGUAAAGGAAGGAAUGUAUUGUUUUUGGCAGAUAAAAGACCUUGGCAGGCACAGGAUUUCCUCUAAAUCCUGACUCGAUGGUGUGUAAGUCUAGAUCAUCUCCUCCUUUCUUUUAUUAAGAGAGGAGAAACAUUUUUUGGCUCCUACUUAACCUGAUUUUCUAAUGAGAGGAACUUUAGAAGGGUAGCCAAGUCACGGCUGUGUCAAGCCAAAGAAUUCCAGGUCAGUGUGACUAUGACUUUCUCUAGCAGGACGUAUGCUGUUCCUCACACAGACCUGUGCUAUUAGAUAUCCUCUCUGGAAGAUAAAGAAUGGGAUACCUACGUAUGUUAAACCCCAUUUGAGAUUGUAAGAAAUAUGACAUUCAAAUAACCGUUAAUUGUAGUAUUUGACUUUGUAUUUAUGGGCUGUAUACAGUCACAUCUGCUAUUUUAGAAAUUAUAGUUAAUCAUUGAAAAUAAAUGAAGUGAAAGGGG